AUGAUGAAGAUUGCUGUUCUCUUGCUCCUCCUAGCAUGUCUCAUACAACAAGCUCUGGGUGCUGCCAAUGUUGAUGCUGAUGAUAAGGCUGGGCCACCCAUGCCAUCUUUCCCAUGGCUUCGCAGGCCCUGGCGCCCACGCAGGCCAUUCUUCCCGUUCCCAAUGCCCCCAUUGCCAGCCCACCACUGGCCCAAGCCCAGUCCUGACACUCCUAAGCCCAACCCAGCAAUCCAAAAAUGUUUCAUGGAUAUGUUUGAAGAGGCAAAAUGUGUUGGUGAAAUCAAGGCAUCAUAUUGGAACAAGAAAACCAGUGUUGGUGAUGAUUGUUGCAAGAUUGUUCAACAAGUUAGUGAUGAUUGUGCCAAUGCUUUUAACAAUCCAUACUUUGGUGCAGUAUUGAAGCAAUAUUGUGCUAAGAAGGCUUACUUGACUAGUCCAUGA